UGGGGCUGGGGCUGCCGCAGCUUGGCAGUGUAGGGUGAACCGAGGCGGGCUGGCCCCGAGGAAGCCUGGCACAAGUGGCCGGGGGGGCGCCCAGAAGAGGAGUCCUCCUGCUCCAGCCCCCCCUCGAUGUGAGGAAUGGGCCAGCGCAGGGGCAUGGACCUGGGGCACGAGCUGGCCUCUGCCGCGGCCCAAGGCAACCUGGCCAAGGUGAGGGAGCUGCUGGCGCAAGGGUUGGACCCCAACGGCCUCAAUGCCUACGGCCGGACCCCGAUCCAGGUGGUGAAGCUGGGCCACACGCCCCUGGUGGAGCUGCUGCUGCGGAGCGGAGCGGACCCCAACCGGCCGGACCCCGCCACCGGCUCCCGCCCUGCGCACGAUGCGGCCCGAGAAGGCUUCCUGGACACGCUGGUGGCGCUGCACCGCGCCGGGGCCCGCCUGGACCUGGCCGACCGAUGGGGCCUGCCCCUGGACCUGGCCCGGGAGCACGGGCACCUGCCGGUGGUCCGCUACCUCCUCGCCCAGCCCGGGGCCGCGCCCCCGCCCCAGCCCGGCGCGCCCUGAACUGCAGGCUCCCGCGGCUCUGCUGCUGCCUCCCACCCAGUAAUUUAUUGCCUCUCUCGGCUGAAGCGCCGAGGUUGUAAAUAAUGACUCCCGUAUCCCCGUGGCAGGGCCCUCGGGGCCUCCUCUCCUUGAACGCGGGCUUGUCUCCGCCGCUGGCUGCCUCAAACGCGCCCCCACACGCUACAGCCGCACGGAUUCCGAGGAGAACGAGCUCCCACUUCCAGGAAUAAACGACUGGGACCGAA